AUGGCUCCCGCGCAACCAGAGCUCAAGAAGUACCUCGACAAGAGACUGUUCGUCCAACUCAAUGGCAGUCGCAAAGUCCUAGGAAUACUGCGCGGUUACGAUGUCUUCCUUAACAUCGUUCUCGACGACGCCGUGGAAGAAAAGGACGGAGGCGAGAAGGUCCGGUUAGGCAUGGUCGUCAUUCGAGGCAACUCCGUCGUCAUGCUGGAAGCGCUCGAGAGAAUCGGUGGUGGUGACCGCGACAAAUGA